AAAUAUGAUGACGAUGAUGUGUCAGUCACUCAGAACACACUUCAGGACAGAUCUCACCCAUUAUCGUGUCAAAUGUGUUUUAAUCCUUAAUUAUUUCCACUAGAUAUUACAGCGUGAUCUCAGAGAGUCGCUUGGUUGUCAGUGAAAUGUCUCUGACUGACGUUACAGUUAAUGAGAGAAAGCUUUGUGGCCUCCAGAUGUUAACAAACGGGUUGAACUGAAUCAUUUCCUCAGUUAUUUGAGAUUUAAACACAUUUAUGAUCACAAAAUAAUUAGUAAUGUCCAAAAACGGAUGCAGUAAGAUGGUUGAAGCCAUAUUUAUCUGAUGGUGGGGCUGUUUGGAAGUGCACUAGGGACCUUUUGCAAUUAUGGAGGCUUGAACGGUGGAGCGUUUUGGGGGGAAGGAGACUUUCCCCUCAAAGUUGAUGGACUCUUGAAUGGACACGAUUUGCCUUUUGUAAAAUACGAUAUAUAGAUAUAUUACUAAAUUAACUUAUUUAUUUUUGUUGAGAAAACUGGUAUAUAUUUGUAUGUUUCUGUACAGAGAAAUGAGUAUUUUCUUUGAUGCUAAUGAAUGUGCCAAAGGUUUUGUGGGAUGUGUUGUAGACGCGAUGUGUUGAGAUGAGCUAGAUCUUCACUCGUGGGGCCGCUAGGGUGCUGUGGAACAUCAACACACGCACAAUUCUAGCGCCCUGAAUUCACAGAACCUGAAACCUAAAUAUAGUUUUUUUUAUUGUGUUUUCUUUAAUUUAUUGCAGUUGUUUGAGAAAUUAAUUUCUGUGUUAAUCUGUGAAGUUAAAGCACAAGCUUGUGGGUGUUCUGGGUUUUUUGGGGUUGUAACUUAGCGGCUGGGAAGCUAAAAUGAGUUUGGGAAGCCCAGACUGCACACCGAAGUGCCGCUCUGUGAGGCACGCGGAGGAAGUGAUCGCCGCUUUGACCAGCGGCUCGGAGGGCCGUCUGCGGGGCUUCCUGUCUGUCCACUGUCACAAUGCAUCCUCCCUGCGGGACGAGUUUGGACGCACCGCUCUGCACCUCGUGGCCUCUCUGGGGAAGCGUGACCUGCUUCAGUGGCUCCUGGACAGCAAACACGCAGACAUGCUGGCGAAGGACAAGGAGUCUGGGUGGACCGCACUGCACCGCAGCGCCUUCUACGGGCAAAUCCACUGCCUCAUGGGGCUCAUCAAGCGUGGUGGAGCACUGUCCAUCCAGGACAAGGAGGGUCUUUCUGCCCUAGACCUCACCAUGAAGGACCGCCCAGCUCACGUGGUCUUCAGAAACACCGACCCUACUGAAGUGUACACUUGGGGAAGCAACACAAACUUUAGUCUGGGACACGGAAACCAGGAGAGCAGACACCAUCCUGAGAUCGUGGACCUGUUUUCAAGGUCUCGCACUUAUGUGAAGCAGGUGGUGUUGUGUAAGUUCCACUCUGUCUUCCUGUCCCAGAAGGGUCAGGUGUACACAUGUGGACACGGACAGGGCGGACGACUUGGACACGGUGAUGAACAGACAUAUCUGGUUCCCCGAAUGGUGGAGGGGCUUUUGUCCCAUCACUGCUCUCAGAUCGCAGCGGCCCGAGAUCACACGGUUGUUCUGACAGAGGAGGGGUACGUCUACACCUUUGGGCUCAACACCCACCAUCAGCUGGGGCUGGCACCUCCUCCUGCUUCCAGCCAAGUUCCCAAACAGGUCACCUCUAAGUCCCUGAAAGGGAGGUCUGUGAUUGGUGUAGCAGCUGGCAGGUUCCACACUGUUCUUUGGACCCGAGAUGCGGUGUAUACCGUCGGAUUAAAUGGUGGCCAGCUUGGUUACCUGCUGGAGCCCAACGGAGAGAAGUGCGUGGCUGUUCCUCGACAGGUGUCCGCCCUGCACCACAAGGAUGUGACCAUCGCUAUGGUGGCAGCCAGCAAUGGGGCCACUGUGUGCGUGACCGAAAAGGGAGAUGUGUACCUGCUGGCAGAUUAUCAGUGCAAGAAACUGGCAUCCAAACAGCUGAACCUGAAGAAAGUUCUAGUGAGCGGUGGUAGUUUGGAUCAUCGUAUCAAUCCUCAGCUUCUGCAUGAUGGUGGAGGAGAGAAGCUGGUGAUUUUGGCUCUAGAUGAAGCUGGAAGGGUGUUUUGCUGGCGCUCGAUGGGUUCUUCAGUGAGGCAGUGUCGCUGGGCGUAUGGCCGACAGGUCUUCAUGUCAGACAUCGCCCUGAGUAAGAACGGCAUGAUGUUUGUUACUCAGGAAGGAGAGGGCUUCAGUGGACAGUGGCUGGGCCAGCACAAGAAAGCUGUAGACAAAAAAGAUGGCAUAGAGGUGUCCGGUCACCCAGACGGAGGGGGUGUUUACGAGCGAAUCCGUCUGGAGAAGCUCCCAUACGUCCACAGAGCUGUCAGCAUCACCAUGGAUUCUAAGGGACGAAAUUUUGGAGUGCUGCAAGCCGAUCCAAAAACCAGCUUGUAUGAAGUUCCCACCACUUCUGCGUCCACGUUCUCCCAGCACUUCCUGCGCCUCCUGACCGAAGCCGAUGAGACGGACAGCAUCCAUGACGUGACCCUUCAGGCUGGUGAUCGCACCUUCGCAGCACACAAAUACAUCCUGUCCACGCGGUCAGACUUCUUCCGUAAAGUGCUCCUCCUGGAGGAAGGCAAAGAGGGUGUAGAAGAUGGAGAGGUGAAGAAAGGAGAAGACGCGGUGGGCUGUGAUCUGCUGGUCCUGGAGAAGGUUCCUCCUGAGAUGCUGGAGCAAGUGCUUCACUUCAUCUACACAGACUCCUGUGAGAUGCUGGUUCACGGGACCCGGCCCAUCAUCCCUCGCUCUACCCACAGCUCUGAUCCUGAACCACAGCAGCAGCUGAUCCACAGUCUGCAGACUCUAGGGCUGGAGAAGCGCUCCGCUCUGGACGUGUACCGCUCUCUUCCUGCUAAGACUGCGGAGGAUGCAGACAAGCCCAAAGCCAAAAACACUAAAUCUGGGAAAAAAGGCAAGAAUGGUAAUGUCGGUGAAUCUGGACAAAAUCCGGUAAAGAUGCUGCAAGGCGUUGCCAAAAAACUGGGCUUGGGGAGCCUCUCAGCACGGCUUGAUGGGGUGAAGUUUGAGAACGGGAAGAUCAGUGUGGUGCAGAAGAAGACCGGCAACAAGCUGCGAUUCAACCAGAAGAAAUGCUCGUACCUCUGUGACGUCACACUGCGCUCCGAGGACGGCAAAGAGUUUCCCUGCCACAAAUGUGUCUUGUGUGCUCGGCUGGAGUACUUCAACAGUAUGCUGGGCAGCCCCUGGAUUGAGGCCUCCAGCUGCACUGCGCUGGACAUGGCCACCACCUCCGAGGUCCUGCAGGCCAUUCUGGAGUACAUCUACACGGACGAGUGUCCCACUGUCAGAGAGUCUGUGAACGUGGAGUUGGUGUGUAACGUGCUGGUGGUGGCCGAUCAGCUGCUGAUCACCAGACUGAAGGAGAUCUGUGAGGUCGCCAUCACUGAGAACCUGACGCUGAAGAACGCAGCGGAGUUGCUGGAGUUUUCCACCGUGUACAACGCUGAUCAGCUCAAAGUGUCCUGUCUGCAGUUCAUCGUCCUCAACAUGGCAGCGCUGCUGGAGUCCAGAGCGCUGGAGGUCUUGAGCGAUGAUGUGCUCCUGGAUCUGACCGCUGCGUACAGGAGGAUGAUCCCAGCCAUGCAGAGACGUCUCAUCACGCCAUACGCAGACGCUCCGGAUCUCAGCGCCUUCGAGGACCGAGAGUGGGACCCGGCUGUGGACUGUAAGAGCGGCUCUGAGGCCGAUCACUCCAGCGAGAGCCUGCUGAAGAAGGCCAAGAUGAGGGCGAAGAGGAAGCCCCGGCGGCGCUCGGACAGCUCUGGAGGAUACAAUCUGUCUGAUGUGAUCCAGAGCCCGCCCCCUGCAGGUGUGGCCAGUUCAGUGGAGUCUCUGCCGGAGAUCAUCACGUCUGACUCCGAGGGCAGUUACAUGGGAGCGGGCAGCCCUCGAGACCUGCAGUCCCCCGUCUUCCAGGACCGGCCCGACACACAGGAGGAGAGACGUGUCCUGACAGGGCUGAAGACUCCUCCUGACACCCCCGUCCCGAUCCCUCCACUCAAAGCCAGCCCGGCUCCUGUCCUGGACCUCAGGGCCAUCAUGGAGAUGGAGGCCAGCUCUCUGAACAGAGGUGCCACACACAGGAGUCCCAGCGCCAGCAGCAGCAGCAGCUCUAAGGUCCCGGUCGUCCCCAGUAAGAUGUCUCAGAAGCAGAGGAAGAUGAUGAUGAUGAUGUCUCUAGCCUCCAGAGAGGGCAGCACAGAGAGCAUGUCUGCUAAAUCACCGCUCAAACCUGUCAAGACCUGGUCGACAGCCGUUCAGUCCCCGCCCUCCUCCUGUUCCUUCCGGGAUCUUCUGGUAGAGGAGGAGCGGCGUGGGAAACCCUCUCCAGUGUCCCCAGAGACGGCCAGGAGUCCAGCGACAUGUGCCAAAAGAGUGAGUUUUAAAUGUGCCGAGAGCAGCGACCCGGAGAAACCAGCAGGCCCUUGGGUGCUGAGGGCGGUUGGCAGCCCUCCGUCCACCUCUACCUUUGCCUCCAUUGUGGAGGAAGAGAGACAACAGGAAGCUGCGCUGAUCCGCAGCCGUGAGAAACCACUAGCACUCAUACAGAUUGAAGAACGAGCGAUUCAGGAUCUGUUACUCCAUUACAAGGCCAUUAAUAACCCAGAGGAGCUGAUAUUGGUGGAGAGGUCCACCCAAGGCCCAGUCGCCAUCCCAACCUGGAACAAACACUGAUGCUGAUGUGAUGUUGCAGUGAAACUCAUGAAUUCCCGCUCACGCUCACGUUUCAGCCAGUAUCAAGGUGCAUCGCAAUCCCCUUACUGUGCAGCAAGCACACUUGCUUUCUUUAACAUACUAUAUGCUUUUUUCAUUAAUUUAGCUGUUUUCUUGUAAGAAAAGACUGGAAUAUAAAGUGUAAUCUCUUGUUCUCAGCCCAAAGUGUUGCCACGUGUGCCAAAAUGUUUUUUUUUUGUUUUUUUAUUAUAAUUUUAUGAUGCAGUGCUACAGUGAUCUGCAUCUCACAGCUAGUGUGUGUGUGUAUUAUGAAGAGCAAACUCGCAUUGAAACCAGAUGAAGAAAACCCAAUCAGCCGUGAGAAGCAAUAAAGACUUUAAUAGGUUGCUCACAAGACAAGGGCUGGUGUAAAAGAAAAUCUAGUGCACAGUGAAAGGAGCGCAGAUUAACCAAUAUGUCUUUUAUAUCUUGCUUCCUCGUGCAGUUAACAUCAGUAACAUUAUCAUUUGCUGUUCAAGAUAAAAAUAGUUUUUGUUAGUCACUAGCAGAUGAUUGGUACUACAGAUAUAAAAAAAGUAAUGUUUGCUUAAUGUUAAGAGAAGAUAUUUGCAGUGGAAUGCAAUAAAGAGAUGAUUAUGAGCACGA